UUGUUCGAUUCGUUCGUUGAGCAGAUGUUUUCGAGCUAUUUUUCGAAUUAGUUUUCGAGUUAAGUUAUUAACUCUGCAGCAUAAAAAUUGAUUACAAAAUCGUUGACAAGGUAUUAUCGAAGCUUUUGCGUGACAAAGAUAAAAAUCGCCCCAAACGGUUCACAGUUUAACAAAGAAUUUGGAAUUGGGAUCUUUACACGAGGAGGACAAGAAUGAGUUUUCCAAGUUUAGUCGUGGAAGGUGUCGGCGACUCAGGAGACAUUAACAGCGGCAUGUCAAUGGCGUUAAGAAAUCCUUUAAUUCUCGACGGCAUUUUCGCCAAUCUUGAUCUCGCUGAUUUAAAAAACUCCCGUCUCGUGUGCCGAGUCUGGAGCGACGUGGGCGCCACUGCGCUGAGCAAACGGACCUUCCUCCGCGCCCUUAAGAUGGUCAGCUACGAAGGCUCCAAGUUUUCCGUGAUACCUCCCGUGCACGAAAAGUUACUCCGCCGUCUCUCCUUCAACUACAACUCCGAAGCAUUCGACCCAUCCGUUCCCCCCAGAAAGACGAGCGAGGUCUCCACAAGAAUUUUUACCUGUGUCCCCCAUCUUUCCCAGCUCACCCGAGAGAUCGACCUCCUCGUCAACGAGAGAAAAUAUGCCAACGCUUUUCUCGACGGGGUCCGAAGGCUUAAGUCAUCCUCAAAUAUUCGCCACAUUUCCAUCGGGAUCGAGUGGACGGGGUCCAGUGCGGGGAAAGGCGAGUAUAAAGUGCGCAGAAAAAUUCCCCCUCAAAACAACCUAACGUCAAUCUGGUUCGUCGUUUAUGGAGACGUACCGAAAUUCGGAUUCCAUGCAUUUCAGCCACUACUCCAAGCCUUGAUGGAUGCUGCGCCCAAUUUGACUUUUCUGGACGUGACCCCCACGUUCUAUCCGAAUUUGGAGGGGUGUACGAAUCUAAAGAUAUUAAAAUUUUGCGUAGUUAAGUCAACUCCUCCCACGUUUUUUGAUGUGGCGGCAGGAAUGAAGAUGUUGGGGCAGGUGAAGGAUUCCUUGAGGAAUUUAUGUAUGAGGUAUUAUGGAGAGGUCGAGCUUGUUAAACUUCCUGAGCUGGCCCAGGAUCUUGAAGUACCUGUGAUGUCGAAACUUGUCUCUCUCUUAAUCUGCCAAUCACCAGUGUACCUCUUUGAAGACUUCUAUAAUCAAGACCGUCUCCCAAGUCUAAAACACCUCACGCUCCAAAUCGACGUAGAGGCGUGGAAGUUGUCGACUUAUUUGAGCCUGUGGAAGCGGCAUGAUGGAGUUACAUCGCUAGUCUUAACGCUGGAUAGGAUUUGGUGGAUGAGGGACACAUUUUCGGAACGGAUUGCUCACCUAUUUCCAUCCAUGAAGAAAUUAGAGUUAACCAUUAUCCUGCCAAGAGCCGAGAUCACACAGGAGAUCAACAGACUGCUGGAACCUUUCAAAAUAUGGGAUCUCAAAGAAGUUGAUGUACUCGCCAAGUCGGUUGUUGCUUCAUCGUCGAUAGUUGCUGUCCUUCGGAACAUGUCGAUGUGGAAAGGUGUUAGACGUGUCCAUUUCAAAGAAACCUACGUCACCCAGGCGGACUUUACCCCCUGCAUUCAAGACCUUGUUCUAUACAGUGGAGGAUUUGAAAGCGUGAAAAUAACUGGUUACAAUUUUGAGCCCAGGGUUCCGGAAAUUCUGGACACAGUACAACCAAUCUUUGACGGCGCUGGAGUUCCUAUUCAGCUAAUUGGAGGUGUGAUUCGUGACGAUGAUGAUGACUAGUUUACAGCAAUUAAAUACUAAUUAAAUUUGGGAUUUAUUUGACAAAUGACAUGUAGUGUUCUAUGAUAAUAAUAUGUAAUCGUUUCGCAUUUAUGGUGUAUUCGGAAUUAUUAGACGAUCAGUCAAAGUAUUUUUAGUUUGUUAGUGACGUAAUUUGUAGGGAAAUUUGACAAUAAAUUGUUCAGUGCAUGACUUUCAUUGUUA